ACCCAUAUAUACAUAUGAAUAUGGUUAUCAUUAAAAUUAGUAAAAUCAUAUAUAUAUAUAUAUAUACAUGCAUAUAUAUGUGUGUGUGUGUGUGUGUGUGAUGGUAAUUAAAUACGUUUUACAUGUCACUGGACUUGGAGAAUUUCGGAUUUUAUUUAUUAUGGUUAAAAAGCAAGAAUGAAGUGAAGAGUACAAUGAUGAUGUGAAGAUGGGCCCACCAGACGGAGUGGAGAAUCUUUUGAUAAUGAAGACAUAAAUGUACAUUCGCCUCCCAUUAUGUCACGUUGUUACACGACACGAUCACCAAGAAAUUGGACCCAAUUCAUGUUGGGAUAUAUUUUGAAGGUCGAGUGGCAUGGCUCACAAAAUGACAAAGCCAAGUUCAAGUUGACCAAAAUGGCCGACACCUAACACCGAGUGACCCUCUCUCUCUCUAUAAAGCUGAGACAGAAUUACGUAAUUCCACACAAGGCGAGAAGAGAAGACAAUUGGCUGGCGACCUCACAGAGAGAGAGAGAGAGAGAGAGAGAGAGAUUGGAAUAGGAUGGAGAGAGAAAGAAGAGGAGAAGAGAGAGAGUUCAUGUGCAUGCCGUUUAGGGUCAUGGACGAAGCCCUUAAACCUUUCCUCAGAUGCCUCGGUCUUUAUAAAUCUUCUCCUUCUUCUUCUGCUCCAUGGUCCGAAAAUCACUCGGAGGAGACAACCAUCAUGGAAGUGACGACAAGAAAAGCAACGGUGAAGCCAAAAGAACAGAAUAAGCAAAAAACAACGCCGGGCAAGCCUGGCGGUGUCAACAAAAAACCCUCCUAAUCAGUCCUUCCUGAUUUCUAUCACUUACAAUAUGCAAAUUCUAUAUAUAUAUCUCCAUUAAUAAUAAGCAUAUGUAAUUUGUCUAUAUACAUAUAUAUAUAUAUUUUUA